CGGCGGUGGAUGAGUCGGUGGCUAGAGACCACGAAGACGGCCGAGCGAAGGCGAGCGCGCGCGAACCGACGAACCCUCGGCCCUCAACGGAGCGUCGCCCCACCACAUCCAGUCGUACUGCGAAUGCCAUACCGUGAGCUUCGUAUUCGCGCCAUUCCCGAGUUACUUUUUCCCCGAACGUGACUCUUUAGCUUUCCUCAAGGAAGAAAGAGAGAAAGAGAAAGAGAAAGAGAAAGAGAGAGAGAGAGAGAUUUCUUCUUAUUUCGAAAAAGAACAAAAGUUCCUUGGACGCGCGCGUUUUGCACGAUAGAAAGUUUGUAUUUCGCGGGAGAGUUGCUAUACCUAGUUGCUAUACUAGUCGGUUUGUUGGUAGUUUGAAGGAAAGGAGAGACUUGUUGUUGGAAACGUGUAACGCGAUAGUUAAUCCGAGUAGGUACUCGAUCGUACGUUCGAUUAGACGCGAGUGGGAUUGAUCGAUCGAAGGAAAAGAUAUAUAUCUUGUAUACGCACAUAUAGAAAGAAAAGACCUCGAGUAACGCUAGGAAAAGCAUGCUGCGUGCUUCCAACCGGACAAUGCCGGCGUGGAAUCGCUCGUAAAGGGAAAGAUCGAUUGGAAGUCGAUUAUGAGGCGCGCCUGAAGUCUUCGAAUCGGUGGAGAAUCUUGAGGAGGUGGAGAAGAUGGAGUCCUCGGGACUUGUCACCGAGUGGUCCUCUUUGCCGAACGCGCCCAGGGAAAAGAAGGAACGUAAUCGUGCGAACGACGACAUUAUCACGUCGACGCCGAUCGUUCCGACGAUGACGAUGAACUUCCGUAAGGAGUCCUGUAUAAAUUGGAUGAUGUGCGCCCUCUGUCUCGCGAGUCUCGCUGUGUCAGGGAUACUGACGUAUCGCGAGAUGCGCUUGGAAUCGAGAAUCGGGAGUCUGGAGGCCCGAUGCAGGAUCCAGGAGACGCCGGAUGUCCUCGUGCAGAGGCUUAGGAGGGAGCUGCGCGAAGAAUUUGAGCAACACAGGCUCGCACCCGCGAGUGCUGCCUCGGCGGCACUCUUCAGGAUCAAACGCGACGUCACCGAGUGCAAUUGUCCACCAGGUCCACCGGGAGAGCCAGGUCCGCCAGGGAAAAAAGGAAAGAAGGGCAAAAAGGGUGAACCCGGAGAGCCCGGGCCGCCGGGUGUGGCCGGGACGCCGGGCAAGAACGGUUUUCCGGGACCUAUCGGGUUGGACGGACCUAAAGGAGAUGCGGGUCGACCGGGCGAGAAAGGACAAAAAGGAGAACUUGGAAGCCCUGGCUUCGAUGUCUUCUCAGCAGUAAAGGUCAAUGCACAGGGAUUGGGGUUAAAGAGGUCGGUGACGACCCUCCGUGGCGGGACACUCGGAUAUGCGGAAAUCGUCGCUCUGAAGGGUGAGCCAGGAGAACCCGGGCCACCGGGUCCACCAGGUCCACCAGGAUCAGAGGGUCUCCCAGGACACGAAGGCAGACAAGGGAUUCCUGGUGAAGUCGGUUCGCCGGGAGAAAAAGGUGCGCCUGGACCAAUCGGACCAAUUGGUCCAUCCGGUAUUCCAGGACUUCCGGGUCCUAAGGGUGACAAGGGAGAUAAAGGAGAUCGUGGCCUGACGACUUCGAUGAAUGGCGAACCAUUUCCAACGGGAAUAUUGGAAGGUCCUCCUGGUCCACCUGGACCGCCUGGGCCCCAGGGCGAGAAGGGAGAGCUGGGUCCGACAGGACCACCCGGUCUGACCGGCGAGAAGGGUGCCCGGGGAAAGCAAGGGAAGAGGGGUUUCAAGGGUGAGAGCGGUAUUACAUUGGCGAGGGGUCCACCCGGCCCACUGGGUCCAAAGGGUGAAAGGGGUUACCGGGGCGAAAAGGGCGCCAAGGGAGACCAGGGCUCGCCAGGACCUAAGGGAGAACAAGGAGCUCAGGGUCCACCGGGAUUUAACGGGACCGAUGGCGAAGCUGGCAUACAAGGUCCACCGGGAUUACCGGGCCUUUCCGGACCCAAAGGUGAGAAAGGCGAGUACGGUGAUAUCGGACCUCCCGGACUCAUGGGACCUCCAGGUUUGCCUGGUCCACCGGGCUAUCCUGGGAUGAAGGGUGACAAGGGUGAAAAGGGCGAAUCGAAGUACAAAAAACUGAGAAGAAGGCAGGGUGACGGCACCUUCGAAGUCAAUGCGGGCGAAGUGAUUAUGGGACCUCCUGGACCACCUGGACCAGCCGGUACUCCUGGAUUGCAAGGUCCACCUGGUAUCAAGGGCGACAGAGGACACGACGGCGCCAAGGGUGAUCCUGGAGAGAAAGGUGCCAAAGGAGAUCCUGGUCCGAUGGGAUUACCCGGCCCCAUGGGACUGAGAGGCGAAUCCGGAAAGCCCGGAGAUUCCGGGAAACCUGGCGCCAUGGGACCCUCAGGACUAGACGGCAUGAAGGGAGCACAAGGGGAGCCUGGAACGAAGGGUGAAAGGGGAGAUCCAGGAUUGCCCGGUACCGAUGGGAUUCCAGGAACGGAGGGACCGAAGGGUGAAAAAGGUGCUAAAGGCGAUUGUGGACCACCUGGUAAGAGAGGAAGAAAAGGAGACAAGGGUAACAAAGGCGAUCAGGGUGUACCUGGACUAGACGCGCCCUGUCCCCUCGGUCCUGAUGGCCUUCCAUUACCAGGUUGCGGCUGGAGACCACCUCAGGACACGACGAGUACGUCGACGCCAGUGAUCGAAGGACCAGAACCCGCGGAAACGGAUUACGAGCCGGAAGAGGAGUACGAGGAGUAUCCAGAUCACAACGGGAACUUAGCGGAGCCAUAAUGCUCAUUGUGCGCUGCCCUACUCACCACUACAACCACCACCAUCACCAACACCCUCAUCACACGACUCACCCUGCUCUCCCAAACUAACGUGGUCCUGCCAAGAAGUAAUAUUCUGCGCGAAUGGCUGGCGGAGGAGGAAGAGGAGGAGGAAGAAGGGCAGUGACACAGAUGGUUUACUGAAAGUAGCGCAUUUUCAUCAAGGACCUUCCUGUAUCCGCGUCGCUAACGUACACGACUCACCAACGAUUCACCGUAUUCCGAAUUCGAUGCGAUCGGUUUAACGAUAUAUACGCCAAACUAAAUCAUCUUGCCACAGAGGAGUGUUGUAAAUAAGUGUACUUACAGUGUCUAGCGUCCGCAGUGCGUGUACAUAAAUAAUUAGUUUACUGCUACAAUUAGGAUCCAUGGUGAUGACGAAGAUGGUUGUACGAUCUCUCUCUCUCUCUCUCUCUCUCUCCUCUUUCUCUCUUUUUCUUUCUAUUUCUCUCCUCCCUCUUUCUUUCCUUCUCUCUCUCUCUCUCUCCCCCCCCCCCCUCUCUCUCUCUCUCUUUCUCUUUCUCUCAAUUUAUGUCCACGAAAUUAUCGGGCAAUUCUCUAGAGUCUAAAAGAACAACAUCCAAAUUCCUCCUACGACGACAAAGAAUGACUUUGGGAGAGCGAUCGUGAUUCCGGUGUUAGCUUCUGUCUCCUGCUGAAGUGUAUUGAUCGAUCGAAUACGGUGAUGCGGCGCAUAGUGCAAGAGACUCACUUCUUUUUUUUCUCUCUCGAUGGACAAAAAGAAAUAGCCAAGAUUGAUAAUUAUUCUUGCUACGAUCGUCGUAUUUCGAGGGCUUCGCUAUCCUACGUGUAAUUUCUGUGUGUGUGCGUAUGUGCGUAUGUGUGUAUGUAUGUACGAUUGAUAUGCGAGACUUCCUUGUUCCCCGCAUUCUCCAGGAAGGAACGUCUAGGAUAUUAUUUACCUUCAUCUACGGCUACGCGGUACUUCCAAAGUCAAUUUUGCUCGUAAUAACGAUUACGUUCAGAAUUAAACUUGUCCUGCGUAUCAUAAGUGACAUAAUUACCGAGCCCAAUAAGCGAUCACCCGCAAUAUUAAUUUCGGAUUUUACGAAAAAUUCCUCCAAAUUCGCUACGAGAGAUCCAGAUUUUUAUACGAUUGUAUUCGAGUCAAGACCCAUGCGGCUCUGCUUUCUCGUUGACUAGAAAUAUCGCUAGUUUUUAAAUCGAACGAGUAAUGUGUACACAUUGUCAAUAUUAGCAAUUAUAAAAUAAAUUUUAAGUGUAUAUCACGGAUAUAUUAUGCCGUUUUUACAUCGGUACAGAUUUCACCGUGUUGUUGCGUGGUAGUCCGAAUGUUAAUUCCGUGUAUUCGAUGGACAGCUUGUGGACGAAGAUAGGCGGAUGAAUUGGACUACGAUUUUACCCGUCCGCUUCCAACGUCUCGAUCUUCCCCUUAUUCGCACGAGCAAGCGAACCUAACGAUAUCGUGCUCGCAAUAAAGAUAUGAAGAUUUUCUUCAUUCCUUCGAGUAUAAUUUUUGUUAUUUCUCGCUAUAAGUGUACGACAGUGUAUUAUAAACUUAGUUUUGUACCGAUUAAAUAUUUAUUAAUGGUUACAAUGAUUGUCAUUAUCAAAGCUUAAGCAAUUUGUACUUUUUAAAAUACGAUUGCACUUCAUUCUUAGGAUAAGGUUUUGUUACCAGACAAGUUGGAAUGUUUUCGGGCUGUUCUAUCCACAACUUGUGAUGGAUGUCGUCCUCCUUCAGUUUGGAGCACAAAGUAUGUAAACUGGCCUCGUCAGAAGCCUAACAGUUAGAGAAACUUUGUAAAAGUUACUGUAUUUCUUUGAUGAUUUUAUAUGUACAGAUUAUAGUAAACAAGCACAAUAAUAAUAUAUUUAUGUUUUGCUUCAAGCAAGAUAAA